AUGUUCACGUCGGUAUCGUAUAAGGAGGCACAAGAACAUCCCAGACUAGUAUUCAGUGUUCGUUAUCGUUUUCCGAUUCUAAUAAAUGUUUUACAUUUGACGUCGUACAUUUAUUUAGAUGGACCAUCGACCGAAGAUUCAUGGCGGAAACGAAUGGGAUCCAAGCUCAGAAAUCCCAGUCAGUGGCGAUUCAACGCAACCAAACCAUUCCGAAUUGCACCUCCUGAUGCGGCGAAUCGACCAAAGUCAAUUUCCGAAGCGGAAGAACCUGCGGACCAGUACGACGUACGGUGUGCUGCUUGCAUACCCGAUCCGAGAAGCUUGACCACAGUUGAACUGCAAGUCAUUCAGUCCCAAUCCUCGGAUGAAACAUUGGAAGGUAUUUCGUCCGGAUUUCGAGAACCUAGGNCGAUUCACGAUUCACCCAGACAUCCUUCCGGUUCCAAUGAACCAUCCAAAGAAAAUUGCGAAGCCGCACUAUCCCCGAUAAGUUUGGAUGAUAAAGUCGCGAUGAAAGAUAUAGUAAGUUUGUGA